CAUAACGCUGCAGGAGAACAGAGUUUCACUGCAGUUUUUAAUUUAAUAUUUAGGAAAAUUUACAAAGAGCUGUGAGGAUAAAGAUACAUGGGAAAGAUGAAAUCUGCUCUGUGAUCAGAUCACAGUAAACUGUACAGACAACUGAGCACAACAAAUAUAGUUUUAUGAGCUCACAAACCAAAUGUGAAUGGAUUUUAUUUCUCUUUUUCCAAACUGUGCCAUUGUUUUAUAAUCUGCCAGUAAAGCUAACAUAAAGUCACUGUGUCGUCUUUUGUCAGUGUGUGUGUGGGGUUGUCUUAAUACAGCACCCCCCCCCAAAAAAAAAUACAGGAGUUGGGGUUUAAUACUUUAUUGGGGACAGUUUAAUCCUCACUCGGCGCUGACAAACUCUACAUGACUGAGCGACAACAGCUGCUUAUUUUGUAACAGGAGAGCGUCCAGAACUGAACCAUACAAUAAGAAACAUUCUACCAUGUUUGUUUGCCAAUCUGGUUCAGUAUUACUGGAAUUAAAUCAGAUUUUAUUUAAAUAAUGUACCUAGAAGUGCCACCUUUCAGGAGAGACCAGGAUCAAGACUGUAAUCAAAGGGAUUCAAACACAUGAGCCAUUUUAUUUUGGGGGGUGUAGAACACAAAAAGGAGUGAUAGUUAAAGAUAAACAUCAACAUGUAAAUGACUACUACGCUGGAAACAAAAAGAACACGCGAGCUCACUAAUGCAGAUUCUACUCAAACCCAACAUUAGAAUAAACCAAAUUAUGAACACACACACACACACAAUAAAAGACUGACAAGUGUAUGUGGAAGUGGACUUUAGUCUGGCCUAUGAGUUUCAGUGGAGGAAAACCUUAAUGCAACUUUCAACUCAUGCUCACACAAAGUCAAGCAACGUGAGGCUGAUGUGGCUGCUGAAAACCGCUGGAGGUCUCAGUCACGUCUGAGAGGACGCAGCUACCACUGAGCUCGCUUUUACUAUUAAAACCAAACGUUCUUUACAGUUUAGCGUGUAUUCAUCUCAGUAUUUGUAAUUGAACUGCUUUCGGGCCAAUAAAUAAAUCGAUGAACUGAGGGAAUCAGAAUUUCCCCACCAGAUGUUUAUUCCUGGACAAGGCUUUGAGACAGCAGCCUGUCGGGCCGUCUGGUCCAGAGAUGGAGGAGCAGGAGGAGGCAGGAGAAGGCGCGGACUCCCAGGACAACAGAGGAGGUGUCAGGUAUAUCACAGAGGAGAUGUUGUUGAAGCUGACCGGUUGUCCUUCUCUGGCUCGGGUUUGCUCUCUGAAUCUGUCGUCCUCAACUGGAGACAAACACAUUAAGUUCAUAGAGAACCUCCAUGGCUGUCAGCGUCUGCAGGUUUUAAACCUGAACCACAACAUGAUCCAGAGGAUGGAGAGACUGAAUGCUCUGACACAGCUGAGAGAGCUGCAGCUGGCCCACAACAACAUCCAGAGGAUUGAGGGACUGGAACACUUGUCCAGUUUGCAGCAUCUGAACUUGUCCUACAACAGGAUCGACCACGUCCCCUUGUGGCUGGGGAAGAAACUGCACUCACUGCACACACUCCACCUACAACACAACCUCAUCGCAUCUCUGUACGAGGUGUCCAGACUGCGUUCUCUGAUCAGCCUAUCAGAGCUUUCCGUGUCAGGAAACCCCGCCUCCUCGCGGCCACACUCCCGUCUCUUCCUGCUCUACCACCUCAUGACUCUGGACACGCUGGACGACCUGCCAGUCACCCAGGAGGAGAGACGACACGCCCACCAGCGCUUCAACGCUGAGGAGCUGGAGCGUCUGCAGCGAGAGGUGGACAGCAGCCAAUCACAGCUGAGCAGGCUGCAGAGGGAGCAGCAGGCAGCAGGGACUCGACUGCACCAGCAGGAAGAGACAAACCGAGCACUGAUGGCUCAGACGCAAACACAGCGACAAGCGCACACACUCCUGGAGCAAGAACUACACACCAAGAGUCAGCUGUUGGAGAAGACGACGGCAGAGUUGACAAGAGCCUUUCACAGACUGUAUGAGCUGGAGCAGGAGUUGACUUUCUAUAAAAUAGACACCAAGCUUAGCCCUCUGCCCCCCUGCAGCAUACAGGAAGUCGACAUCGUGGCUGAGAGUCCAUACAUCGGCAAGGCUCGACACAUCAGGAAAACUGUCACCUCCACUCCCCAAAACUCCUUUUCCUCCUGUUCCUCCAUCCCCUCCCCCUCCUCCCAGCAUACCCAGGAGCGUUCCGACAUUCACACAGAGGUCGAAUUGUCACCCCCCCUGCUGGAAGACUGCAGAAGACAGCAGAGUACAGUCGAGCCUGAACUCCUGCCGUUGACCCAUCAAACAGAGCAGCAGCCGGAAGCAGAACUCACAAUGGCCGAGGCAACCAAAACACACAGACAGCAGAAGGCGCUGUGUCGUCUCCUCAGUAAACUGUCCGUCCUGGAGAAUCUGAGAGACAAUGCUGAUGAGACACAAAGACAGAUGGACAGACAGACAGAGGACAGCAGGAAAACAGAGAGAGAGACAGAAGAACUGGAGACACAACUGCUGACGUUGAGCACUUCAGACCCACAUCAUGUGCGUUUCAUAGCCCAUUUGUCCGCUCUGUUGUCCAGUAGCCGACAGAUGUUGGACAGGAUGAGCAGGAGGCAGAGUGAGCUGGAGGGUCGCCUCGACGACAUGCUGUCACGCAUCGCCAUGGAGACGCAGGAGAUCAAAGAGCUGGAGCAACAGCUGACCGAUGGUCAGAUUUUGGCGAAUGAAGUUCUUCAGAGGGAUUUGGAGGGAAUCAUCUCUGGGCUUCAGGAGUAUCUUAGUGGACUUCGAGAGCAGGCUCGUCGAACUCAGCAGCAGGUGCACAGUCUGCAGGCUGAAAACCAGAGUCUGCAGCUCCACCUGGAGGACACUCAGAGACACUGCAGACAGCUGGAGGACACUGCCAGGACACACACACGGGACAUGUCUGUCCAGCAGGAGGAGCUGUCUGUGUUGCGGAUGGAGGCUCAGACUCUUAGAGACAGACAGGUGGAGAGCAGCAAACAGCAGGUGGAGCUGGAGGCGGAGCUCCAGCAGCUGAGUGAGGAGCUAGCGCGACAGGUCACACUGGGACAGUUGGAGUGUGAUGGUCUGCAGGCAGCUGUAGACAAAGAAAAACACACCAGAGAGAUCAGAGAGUCUCAGUUACAGUCGACCAUCGACACACUGCAGGAUGAGAAAUUAACUCUCCAGCAGAUCGCCCAGAGACUUCAGGCCCAACUGGACCAGACCAGUGCCCAGUUACAUCAGACCAGGACCCAGUAUAAAGAAACCAGGGCUCACCUAGACCAGACCAGAAUUCAGCUAGAUCAGUUUACAGUGUUCCUGUUGGAUAGUCAGGAGGUUCAGAGGGGACCGGGGGAGCUGGAUGAGGACAAGUACAGUCCUGUCAGUCCUGAGGUCAUGUUGUCUAGAAGUGUGGAGCAGCUGUACAGGACCCUCCAGCAGACCAGGACCAGCAGGGAGCAGCUCCAACACGACCACAACCACAGCCAGGAACAGAUAGCCAGACUGCAGACCCAGAUAGCCCAGGACCAGGACCACAUAGCACAGCUAGAAGCCCAGCUAGAGGCCAAGAUAACCCAGGACCAGGACCAGUUGGCCCACGGUGUGGAGAAGGAUCAAGAGUUACACUGGAGGCUCAAAGAGGACCUGAAGAGACUCAGAGACAGAAUGCAGAGUUCUCAGAGCAGAAGCAGACACAUUCAACAAAACCUGGAGUCAGAGUUGGAGCAAAGUCGUCUGCAGCUUCAGGACAUCCAGCAGCAGAGAGACACACUACUGCAACAGCUACAUUGGCAGAGCGACUGUCACCAGCGUCUGAACAGGAAACUACGGCAGCUCAGCAGGUUCAUGUGUGACUCUGAUCAGCUGACGGCAGAACAGCUGAAAUCCGCCAUCGAACAGCUGAGAGCUCUGAACCACACGGCGGAGCAGCUGCAUGCACAGAAAACUGUGGACCAACUUGACGGCAGCUCUCACCAGGCUGAACGCACACACAUCGUGCAGGACGAACACACACACACAGUGCAGGAGCUGAGGGCAGAGCUGGCAGAAGCUCAGAGACACACACAAAGACUGAGACAGCGGCUGGACCGGAUCAGGACCAAGACUAGGUCCAGGAGCGGGACCGGGACCAGAAAUGGAGGGCAGUGGUGCUACGUACCUCCUGGACACAGUGCUCAAACUCUGGGUUCUCAGGGGACUCGGGACUCUGGUUUGGGGCUGCAGUACCUCAGUUCUCCUGACAGGGGGCGACAGCAGGACAAACCUUCCCCAGGAGGAGGGUACUGGGUCUACAUCCCCCCAACACACACCGACUCUGACCCAGCAGCAGCGGAGUGGAGGGACAGCGGAGGAGGCAGUGAUGCUGACGGGAGCUCCACAGGAGGGACUUCUCCUCCUCCUCCUCCUGACCCAGCUGCAGGUGUCUCUGCUGGGUUCUCUGACAGUCACACUCCCCUGGCUGGACCGGCCUGGCUGCUCUGCGGUUCACCUGCAGCGGUCGUCUACAGUCCUCCAGCUGGAGGCACCGCUCUGCACUGUAACAUCCCCGAACACAGAGCCAGGCAGGGGGAACAGUGUGUGUGUGACUGUCUGCACAAAGAAGCAGAGAGACUGGAGGAGGAGAAGAAGAAACUACGACUGGAAACCGAACAGCUUCGACACGCACUGAGACGACACAGGAGUGUGAUGCAGGUGUGUGAUGAGGUGGAGUGUGUUGAGAAAACUCUGCUGAAAAGACGAGCUGAACUCCGUCAGGCUGACAGACUACUGCUGGAGGCUCAGAGCUGCAUACACACCACCAGAGACAAGGCCAGUUCGGCUCAGCGGGAGGCAGAUGCGUUGCGGCGCAGAGCUCAGGACGGCGCCACCUGUCUGCUGGAGGCCACACAGCACGUCAGAGAGCUGCAGGAGGCGGUGGGGGAUCUGAGGAGGAGGAGGCAGGAGGAGGAGCAGACUCUGAGGGAGGUGAAGGAGGCGCUGAGGAGCAGAGAUCAGGAGUUCCAACAGCUCGGCACAAAAAUAAACUCAGCUACAGACAGACUGUCUAGUGUGCUGUCAGAUUGUCAGGAGGCUCAGAAGCGUCUGGACUCAGUCAACAGUCAGCAGGUGGAGCAGCAGGAGCAGAGGUUGGUUCAGAGGAGGGAGGAGCAUCAAACAGCUCUGAACAGAGUGAAGGAGGUCAGAGAAGAGGAGCAACGACUGCAGAACACAGUCAAGGAGCUGUUGGAGCAGCAGGAGGUGCUGUUGAGUGAAAAGAGGUCUACAGUCUCAGCUGGGAGAGAGGAGGAGCAGAAACUCCUCACAUUGCAGUCUGAAGUCAAGGCACACAGAGCAGAGCUGAAGCAGGUUCUUCAGGAGCUGCUUGCAGAGCAGCAGGCGUUGGAGGAAGUGAAAACCAAACGCACCCAGACUCUCCAGCGGCUCCACAGGCAGAAGGACAAACUGGACAGGACAAAGGAAGAGCUGGACAGGAAGCAGGAUGAGGCGGACGGGAUGCAGGACGAAGUGGACAAGCGGAAGGAUGAGCUGGAAAAGAAGCAGCAGGAGGUGGACAGUAAGAUAGAAGAAAUGGACAAAGUGCAGGACGAAGUGGACAGGAAGAGGGAAGAGCUGGCUGCGCUGCAACAGGAAGUUGAGUCUCACAGAAAAGAGGCCGAGUUAUGUCUCAAAAAUACAAAACAACAGCGAACAGAACUGCAGGAGCUGAAGGAGGAGCUGAGCAGGAGUAAGGAGGAGAGGAGCAGCCUGCAGGAGCAGUGUAAUCACCUGGAGGCCAGACGGAGGCAUGCUGACAGGUGUCUGUCGGCGGUGGAGGUGGAGCUUGCUAAACAGAGGAAGGAGCACAGCCACACCCAGGUCCUCAAACAGGAAGCGCUCAGAGAUACGACAGCCACUCAGGAGCAGCUCAAUGAGAGCUCUGAGCUGCUGUCUCUGCUCGGCGAACGGGUGGAGGAGAGGAAGAAACAACUGCAGACUCUGGAACAGCAGCAGCAGCAGAGAGCAGAGCAACUGAAGGAGCUGGAGAAGGAGAUUGAACACAAACAGGCGAUGUGUGGUGGGCUGGAGGAUGUUAAAGCUGCAGUAUGUCGGUUGGAGGACAGGGGGCGCCGCCUGACCGAACAACAGCUGGAACUCAGCCAGCUCAGUGAGGAGGUGUGGGAGAGAGAAAAACAGCUGCUGCAUGAGGAGGAGGGGCUAAAACAGAAGAGGGAGGAGCUCAUUCAGACAGAGGAGGAGCUACAGAAGAAGCGAGAGGAGCUUCGGGGGAAAGAGGAGGAAAUACACAAGAAACAGGAGGAGCUGCAUAAAAACCAGGAGGAGGAUGACAGCAGGGAGGACGGGUCUUUCUACCUGUCUACAGCUGGUCUGAGGUCAGCCUUCAGUACUGAGGAGGAGAGGUGGAAGGUUGAGCUGCAGAGAGAAAAACUGAGGCAAGAAGAAGACCGACUGAAGGCUCGUCUGCGCUGCCGUUUGUGGAACCAGCAGGAGAAUCUGAAGGUGACACGACUGGAGACUGAGGAGAGUUUACUGGGACUGAAACACAGACUGGACCAGCUGGACUCACUGCUCAGACACACGCACUGAUGUCAGACCGCUGAUCGAGUCUGUUCGCAGAUGUUCACUAAACGCCGCCACAGGUCGGGUUUGUCGUUCGUUUGGACUCAAGAAAAAACAAACUGAGCAGGACUGAAUAUUCCUGAGGUCUGUGAACACACCAUCUGUGUGAAAACGACACCGAGCUGAAUAUAAAAUGACAAAAUAUCUGGAUUAAAUAUUGGAUGUUUGAAGUUUGUGUUUGUACAAACACGUAGAACUCUGGUAUAUUUUUGAUGAACUUGUUAUGCAGAUCAAGGAGGAUAUUUCUCUUUGAAUUAAACACU